AUGCUUCAGCAGGAUCAAUAUUCUAAUCAAAAGCCAAGGAUGAUCACAAAACAAGUUACGUUUAAAAGUGAGUCAGCAUCCAGAUUGUCUGAAAUUUCAGAAGAUAGUGAAAGACAAAUAAUAGAUUGUGAAAGGAGCAAAUCAAACACUCGCCACAAUUUGAGAUAACCAAGAUUAGUUAUACAGGAACAACAAUUGACUCAAACUGCUUAGAGAAAAACCUGCGAAUCCACAACUCCUUUUAAAUCAUCUAAAACAAUCGGAAAUUCUGCAGGUUAUAACUAUUUUCUGAAGGCUUUGAAAACAGAACGUAUUAAAAAGCAAUUUAUUAAUAAUCUUUUUACAAACUCAUAUGUUUUAUAGAAUAAUAAAAAAUAAAUUUUGAAUGAUGAAUAUCUUAAAGAAGGAAACAAACAAUAAAGCAUGGAAUCCCUCUCUUAAUCAAGGAUCCCAAUCAUUAUGCCAACGAGCAUAGCAAUCAUUGUCUGGGAUGCCUUAGGAAUAUUGCUUAAUUUGAUAAUUCUGUGGUUCACUCCUUUUUUAUUAUCUUUUGACAACAUGGAAAACUAUUUCUCCUUUGAUGUUAUCAUGUAAUUAACAACAUUCUUCCUAAUCAGUGACAUCCUUGUUUCCUUUAACAAAGGCAUCAUUGUUUAAGGGAUUGUGAUUAAAAAGAGAAAAAAACUGAUUCAAUAAUAUUUCUAAACCAAUGCAACCACUGAUUUAACUAAUUUAACCUUAUGGAUUUUGAUCUAAAAAAACUUAACGUCUUAUCAAAUUCUUGGAGAAUGCAUCGUUAUAUGCCAAUUAAUCGUUACAUUCUAUAAGAUAUAAAAAUAUUUUUCAGAUUAUUUCCAAUAUGUCUUUGUUAAAGGAGUAUCUAGUUAUAUAAUGGAUUUGUUAAGUCUGAUUUGUUCCAUAUACUUUUUUGCUCAUAUAGUUGCCUGUGCCUGGCAUUACGUUGGGGUUAAAUCAGGAGAAUAAUCUUGGCUAAUAAAAUAUGAUUUGGAACACGAAGCCAUCUGGAAGAAGUAUAAUUAUGCAUUUUAUUGGGCCACAAUGACUAUGACAACUGUGGGAUAUGGAGAUAUUACUGCAUAAAGUUAAAUUGAGAUUAUCUUUGUUAAUGUAGUAAUGUUUUUGUCUAGUGGAAUAUUCGCAUAUUCUAUGAAUUCUAUAGGCAUGAUCCUCAAGAACAUCUAUGAUGCCAAAUUGAAAUAUAAGAGAUCUCUGUUAUAGAUGAAUACAUACAUGAGCAAGAAUUGUGUUGAGCCACAAAUUUAGAGUAGAAUUAGAAAUUAUCUCAAAUAUUAUAUCGAAUCUGAAUAGAAUGAAAAUUUAGAAGAUAUCAAUAGACUUGUAGGGAUUCUGCCAUAAAAUUUAUAAUUGGAUCUAAAUACUGAUAUCCAGAGAAAAGUCAUCAAUAAGGCAAGACUAGUUAUAAACCAUUUCUCAUGCAAUACUUAGCAAUUAUUAUCGAAAAGCUUAGAAUUAGUUAAGUAUGCUCCAGGAGAUAUCAUUUAUAAAAGAGGAGAUGUCUCUGAUAAGAACCUUUACUUCAUCAUAGAAGGAGAAGUGGAUAUUUAGGAUGAUUAAAGCAAAAUGAAAUUCUCAAAACUAUUUUAGCAUUAACAAUUCGGAAUUUAUUAAUUCUUUACUGAUUUUCCUCCAAAAACAUCAGCUGUCAGUGUGGGAUUUUCCAAUAUUUAUAGAAUUAGUAGGAACAAAUUUUUAGAUAUUUUAUAAUUCAACAAGAGAGAUCUAGAAAUGUUUCAUUUCAUAAAAGAUUAAAUUAUUUUUAAUUCCAAUUAUAGAUUAUUUUCUAUGGAAUGUAAAUAUUGUGAAAGGUAGAAUCAUUAAGAAAUCGACUGUCCUGUUUUGACAUAUAAGCCAGAUCUUGAGCAGAGGAUAAAAAAGGGUAAUUUUUACCCUGUAAUUUAACAAAGACAAAAGAGGAGAAGAUUUGGAAGUAAGAUAAAAAGCAUUCUAUAAUAAUCGGAGAUAUCCAAAUCAGUCAAAUUUUUUACAGAAGAUACAACUGCUGGAGUUGAAUUCUCUCACUCUUUGUAAGUGGCUAUAAUAGCCCAUAGAUCUAAAACUAGUAAUUAUUCUGAAGUUCAAAAUAUUGAGUAAAAGCGAUCAUCUUGCUUUGUCACUGAAGACUAGGAUUAAGAAUAAAAACAAUAAUACUAUGACUGCUCUUUGAAUAGAAUUGGAAUUAAAGCAGACCAAUAAUCUUAAAUUGAAAAUUAACUUUCUCAGUCUAGAUAAAUUCAUAAGGAAUAAACGAAUACACCUAAAGAUUUCAAUAUGAUUGAUGAUUUAUACAUAAAUGCAAGGUGGUACCCUCCAGUUAUCCAAUGUGAUAGGUAACAGUCCUAUGAAAAGUAUUAUCCACGAUAAAACCUCGAAAACAUUAUCUAAUCUUUAGAAAAAAACAAUAUAAAGUACCAAAAGAAGCUUGAAAAGCAUGUUUUGAAUAUGAAUAAGUACACAUUCUUCUAUAAUGUGAAGAUCAAAGCUCUUAAAUUGAAACUCUUGUAUUUAAAAACUGUUAAUAUUGAAUGA